AUCUCACUGAACUCACUUUUUUGCAGUUAUUGAGUCAGUUACCAUGAAGAAAGGAGGACCUCGUAGUGCUCUUUACGAUCUUUGUAAGAAAGUUCAGUGGCCAAUGCCUACAUUUGAUACGACAGAAACGAAAUCCAGAAAUGCAAUUGAAUUCGGUGAAGGCCCCCAAAAGAGAAAGGGGUUUGACAGUCACGUAUCAAAAAUCAUCUUGAAAAUGCUGUCUUUUGGCGUUGUUGAAUGCGAGGGAGAGGCUAGGGCUGAUAAGAAGACUUCAUAUGACUCUGCAGGACUUGUCAUGCUUCAAAAAUGGGGACAGGUCAUCAUUGGAGGAUCAAUCUUGGAAGCAUGAUGGUGAAUUUUUGUUUAAUAAUCUGCCAUCUCUUGAUUCAAAACACAGAGCAACCAGGAAAGUAGUGAGUGACGCCUAGCCCUAGGUGCUGUUGUAAUCUUAGAUUAUAGUAAAUUGUGAACUAUUCCCCCAUUUCCUGUAUGAUGUUUCUGCCAAUGAACCUUGUAACCAGAAGGGUUUAUGUGUAUGAUGUGACUAUUAACACAGGAAACAAAAAAUGGUAGCAUUA